CCGUAUGGUAUUUUAUAGGACUUUUUUUUAAUUAAAAACAAAUUAAACGCGAAAUGUUGAAAACUUUGUAAAUAAUAUUGAAAACCCGUAUUUAUAAGUGAAAAAGUGAAUCUAUAGUGCAAUUAUGUUUCUUCCGGAGACAGCCACCUUUUGUAUCACCCUGUUGGUCUACGGAGCCAUCCUUCUGCUUCUAAUUUACUAUGUACUGACGCUGGCGGAUCUGGAGUGCGACUAUUUGAAUGCCCAGGAAUGCUGCCGGCGACUCAACUUCUGGGUCAUACCCAAAUUCGGAUCACACGCCCUGCUCUGUGUCCUACUUCUUCUCGGAGGCCACUGGGUAAUGUUUCUUCUUAACCUGCCGAUGGUUAUAUGGCUUUUCUACGAACUUCAUCGUCAGCGGAGAGAUAGCCUGGGUGUCUACGAUCCGGUGGACAUACACAGUAGGGGACUGCUGAAGGUCCACUUGAGGAAUUGUAUGAUUUAUCUGGGGUACUAUUUCGUUAUGUUUUUUGUGGGAGUGUACUGCCUCAUUUCAUCACUGAUCAAGGGAGACCCCAUCAAGCGGUAUGAAGACGAUGAAAUAGUCACCGAUUUUUGAAGUUUAGCUAAAUAAGCCUGCACCCAACGGGCUUCCAGGGAAUCUUAGUAAAUCUAAGAAGGCCUGGAUUCUAUUUCGGUUGAUUUAAAAGAAACAAAUUUAACAGACAUGUUUCCUGACUUUCGCAGAACAUGUAUUCUAUAUAAUAUUACAAUUUAAAUAAGUUUUCCAAACUCAUCUACUUUGCUAUACCGUAAAAAGGUAUAGAAAGACUUAUAGUCUAAUUCGUUCAGAUCUUCAAGAGUCGCGAUAUAAAAGACUGUAACACUGCUCAAUUUACUGACAUCGCGUUAGCAGUAUACACAAAAACAUACCCAAAACCAACCUAGUCGCACUUUAUCUUCACUUUAUUUAUUUCAUCUUUAGCAAUAUAAGCGUAUUCGAAAAGAAAUCACAAAAUACAUAACCAUAUUCAGAAA